CAGCAGUAGAGAUGUGAAGUGUCAGGCUAUGAGUACAUUAAUUGAUUAACUGAUUGUUAUUAGUUUCUUCCAGGUUGUGUGUGUGUAUAUCAAAAAAGAUUCUGCUUCUGCUUCCACAGUCCCUAAAGUGCGUCCCUACUCUGCAAUGGACGGCGUGCCCUUCUUCCUCAGCAGAGUCAAAGCGGAGCCCCCCGAAGACCUGCUCGCCCACGACCUGCACUUCCACACGCAGACCGAGCCCGUCGACCUGUCGAUCAACAAGCCCCGCCCCUCGUCUUUGUCCACCACCCCGACCACCACCUCGUCAUCCUCCCCCCUGCGCUACGCCUUCUCGCCGUCGUCUUUAUCGUCGUCGUCGUCCUCUUCCUCCUCCUCCUCCUCCUCGCCGUCGGUCAUCACCUCGGCUUCAUCGGUGCUCACGCCGGGUCCCCUGGUCGCCCCCGGGGGCGGGGUGAGGGGUCAGCCGUAUUUGCACAUCCUGCACUCUGUGCCGGCGCCUCCGUCCAGCCCCCUGAGUCUGCACGCGGCGGGGAAGCUGGGCAGCCAUGUGCACCGCAUACCGGUGGUGGUGCAGUCGCUGCCCCUCAUGUACACCACAGCCGUGCGAUCACCAUCCAGCCUCAACAACACCAUCAUGCUACCUCUGCUGGAUGAGGUGAAGAGCCAGGCCAAAGCACACACGGACCUGUCGCCAAGGCAGAUCAAGAGCGACAGCGACGACGACGACCUGCCAAACGUGACCUUGGACAGUGUUAAUGAGACCGGCUCCACUGCGCUGUCUAUAGCCCGCGCAGUACAAGACUCCAUGUCCCCGUUCAGUAUGGACAGCAUACGGCGCCCCCGGAGGUCAGAGUCCCCCGAUUCCAAAAAGAGGAGAAUCCACAGGUGUGACUUUGAGGGCUGCAAUAAAGUGUACACCAAAAGCUCCCAUUUAAAAGCACACCGGAGGACACACACAGGGGAAAAGCCAUACAAAUGCACCUGGGACGGCUGCACGUGGAAGUUCGCCCGCUCCGACGAGCUGACGAGGCAUUACAGGAAACACACGGGGGUGAAGCCCUUCAAGUGCGCGGACUGUGACCGCAGCUUCUCCAGAUCCGACCACUUGGCCCUGCACCGACGGAGACACAUGCUGGUGUGAACCGGACUGGGCGCAAAGGUCAACUGAGAGAGAGAGAUAGAGAGAGAGAGAGAGAGAGAGAGAGAUCAAUGGAACAGACACACACACACACACACAUAGGCAGUCGGGGGAGCGGGACCUCCCCAUGAAUGUUUUUCAGCUGGCCUGGACACGCACACGUGUAUACACACACUCACACACACACAUGCACACACACACACACACACACACACUCACCCAUCCGUCACAAGGAGAGGAGAUGGGAGAUGGAGACGUGCACAGGGUCACUUCUGGAUCCCCUUUGGGUUGGAAGGAACGGACGGCAGGAUCUGAUAUUGUUAUUCUUUGGAGUAUAAUAGGGAACUGUCUUUUACAGCACUGUUUGUACAUGUUUCACUCUGGUUUUUAAAAAAGAAUUCACACUCUUUAUUUGGACGAAAACGAUAUAUAUUACGAUGGCAAAGGUGUCUUUUUGGUUGGACUGUUUCUUUUCUUUGUUGCUGCUUUUUCAGCACUCAUAAUGUGAAAGUCCACGAUGUGUGGAAAGGAGGAAGUUCUGCCCGGCCCGGAUCACUGGUCGGAGCCACAGGGCCGUGUCGUUGCGCCGCGGCCGGCAGAGGGCGCCAUUGCACCGCGGAUAGUUCCCUCAGCCUGCCGAUACAUCCGCGCGCUGUCGUCCGUCUCAUCGGCAGCAAACCGCACCCUCACAGAUACGAUCUGAAAGGAUCGACCUUUUUUCAGACAUUUGUUGCUUUAUUUCCGAACCAAGGAAACCAGACACGCGGAUCAUCGCACCAGCAAUGACCCCGCUGACUGGGGCCAACUCCCCAAAUCUCAUCAGUGCUAUUCAUUAUGUGAGCCUCCUGAAAGCAUUUCCUUAAACACACACACACAUCUUUGGUGGAACAUUUGCUGUGAUUAGCAAUCAGUUAAGUGCAAUCUAAAAGGAUAAAUAUCAUUUCAGUAUACCGACGUUAUGUUUAUUGAAUCUUUCUUUUUAUUCCAUGCCUGCUUGUUGCAUAAGUUUCCACUCAGAAGAAACACAAACCCUCAUGUACAGUGAACUUUGCAAUCAAUGAGAGGACAUUUCCAGUAUCAACAAAAAAAAACAAUUAGACGCGUUUACCGACCAUGAAGCUCCGCCCCUUCGCUCCGUGACAACGAAGCUCCGCCCCUUUGCCCCGGAUGUCGCUAUCGGAGGUGACGUUUCGAUUGGUUUCGGUAGCUGCGCCACGAGGUUUUAAUCUGGUCUUUUCCCUUUUUUUGUUUUAUUUUUGUUUGUCUCAAAUACAGAAAAUCACUUGAAAUGUUCUCACCCCAGAUCAGAUAUGUGAGAUGUGAUUUUCGGAUUUGGCUACCGAAAAUGCUGACAAAUGCAGGAGUAGCAUCUGCAUAGACGCAUAGGACACAUAUACAAGUACCAAGCUGCACACGCAGAAAUGCACGAUGCAAGCACUUGAGACUACAUUUUAGAUGCAUUCACUGGCACGACUUCUCUUAAGUAGCACCUCGACCUUAGGUAGGAAAUGUAAUUAAUGAGUGCAUUUUUAUCGUCAUAGUAACAAAUAUUUUUAAAUGUUUUUCCAAUACUCCUCCAGCUGGGGAAGGCCUGCACACAUAAACGCACAGAGGCCAUCCCAUAGCCUCCGAAAGUGCUGCUAAAUGCAUUCAUUGGACCGGAGCCAGUGACAAGAAAAGGCAACCCUGAAAACUACACACACACACACACACACACACACAUCCUCACUUCUCAGCAAAGUAGCCAAAGUCCGGAAGUCGCCUCUGCACAUGACCCCCACUCGAUGCAAUGGAGAAUGGCAAUGUGUGGUAUCAUAAUUUAUGCACAUUGUUUGCACACAUGUCAUUAUGUCCAGUUGUACUAUCAUUUUGGCAAAAACAUAUCAGCACCUUGUUUGUCUUUUAAGUACAAGUUUAUCUUAUUUCAGAUGUCGAUUUAUAAACGAAAUCAUUUUCGUGGUAUUUUAUCCUCCAUAUAUUGUAUAAGAACACCUUAUUACUGAGGGGCACUUCAUCUUUUUGCAUAUAACUCAACUUUUUUUCUUCUGUAAAAAGGAUCUUUUGAAAAUGUUGUAAUAUAUGUGACAGUGAAGAUGAAACUUAUUACAAAGUUCUACAGCCUGUAUAUACAUUGGAAAAAUAGGGCUUUUGAUUAGUAGAUGCAGGAAAUACAUUUAUACGUGUAAAGUCUUUUUUCCAGACUGUAAUUUAUCUAAUUUGAUAUACAGUGAAAUGGGGCUAAAGGUGUCCGUCUUGUAAAUUACCACUCGUGACGUCACACAGCAGUUUGCUUUCCUUGGUUUAUGGUUCAAUAAGCUCAUGGUCAGAUCAUUUCUACUCCCAAACGGCUGAACCAGUGUUUGCUAUAAUCAACAAAUUAUUUAUAUACCAAUUUGACCGUAUUUAAGGUACUCUCCUCCCUGCGUCUGCAAGAAAUGAUGUUAAUCGAGCACAUAUCCAAGACGCUGGUAUUCAGUGUACGACGUUGCAUGCCUUAAUGCGCCAUUUCCUCAAUUCGAUUGAACUUGAACACGGCGUCUCGGCGAGACAGGGUGUGUGUUAUAUUUCCCUCCAGUAUCUCUCUCCUCAUUUCAAAGCAUAAUUUUGUAACGGCAACCAGGGUCAAAGUUAUGCAAUACUAAUGAAUAGUGCCUCAUAUUGCAAAACUCGCAACAUCAGCCGCUGUCCGCAGAGUUUCGAUUUUCUUUCAACGCGUGUGCUUAAAUUAAUAAACACCCAAUGGGAAAAGCAUCAAUUUUUGGACAAAAAGAACAAAAGACGCACAGAGGACAUUAUGCAAGUGGGACCUUUCAUGUUUUACUUGAGCCUCGCGCCAUCGUGUCCAAUGCAGCGUCCUCCCACACCACGCUCACAGCUGGCGUGGUUGCUUGUCUCGCAAUGAGUCCCCUCCCCCCCCCAGGGGGGGGGGUGCGGACCGGAGAGACGAAGGCCUCUCCAUGUGUCAGGUCCGUCCCGUCCAUUCAACGUGGAGGACGGCGAGGAGAUCCCAAGUACACCCUUCUCUAUUGGUUCCAUAUCUAUUUUGAACUUUCUGUUGUAACAUCUGCUUCUGAUUUCCGGGUUUUGAAAGUUUUAAGUAGUGAAGCCUAUGUUUUUUCCAAGUUUGCUGAUAUUGCGUACAGUAAUCGUUGUUCCUGUAUUUAUGUAAAGUGAGUGUAGUGUAAAUAUAUUCAGAUCUUUUCAUUCUUACCGGGAAAAAAAAAACAUUUAAAAAAAAAAAAUCUGAAAUAAAUGUGAUAAUGCUCAGCUUCAAAUGGAGAUUCUGCUCACAGAAUUCCACAUCUGUUAAAAAUUUGUAAUCCUGAUAUUUUUCAAAAAUUCAAGAACAGGUGUCCUUAUUUUUCUUUUUGUUGUUUACUGUUACGCUUUUCUUUUUUUUUUUCUCCAAGAGUUGUUGAAGUAUCCAGUCAGUGUUUUGCCUUUUUUCUCUCUGUAUUUUUUCAUAUGGAUGGAGCUGUGAAAUUAAAAUAAGUUCAAACAUAUACAUGUAUAUUAAUAUGAAUGGAGGCAUGAAGGUUAAUAAAGUUGCAUUUUGUAUGUAA